CCCUUCUUUUUGCCGCCUCGCAGCUUGUCCCUCUAUCUUCUCAAAUUAUACGGCAACGAAGUCCACUUUAUAUACCCCUUCUUCGAUAUGGACAAGUUUAUGCAUACUUGCAUCAAGUUCUUUAUGCUUGUCACCAAGUUGGAUUUCUCGUCAGCUUAUGCUGGCCUCGGUUGCUCAGAUGAGUCCAAUCCUUCAACUGGUCUUUUUCAGUGUGCCCUCUUCACGAUUCUCUGUCACGCAGUCUUCUUUGCGAAUCUGGAGGAGAAGGACAAGAAAUUCGCUUCCGGCGUAUUCUGGAAAUGCGCAAAGUUCUUCAUGACGGAGGAACUUCUCAAGACAAGCUGCGUGGCCGCCGUACAAACGUUACUUAUUAUUUCCGUGGCCUACAACGGCUCCACAUUUGGAGUAAAGGGAAGAAAAAUCCCUGCCGAUUUGGCUUGCCGUAUUGCACGAAGUUUAGGGAUUGAUAAUGAAGAUGAUCAGCCUGCAAGUGCUGCAGCAGGUGUUCAAGGUACCAACAGACAGACCUGGUUUUCCCAAACUAGGAUUUCCAAGUUGCCCCUAAGUCAUGACAUGAGCAGCGCCCCGUCCGUCAUCACUCCUGGGCAACUUGCGAGUGGCAGCGUUGACUUUAGCUUCUUUACCAAUUGCGUUAAUCGUAUAGAGGAGCUGGAGAAGCUACUUGAGAAAAUGCGCCGAGUUCGCGAGCCCAUAUUGGAAGCAGCGCCAAACCAUGGUUACAACAGUUUCGACACUGUUGUUCCUGAGUUGCGCGAAAAACUUCGCGAAUUCGUCGAUUCACUGACUUCGGAUAUCUCCUGGGGUGUCUCGGGUUUGCCAGACGAAUAUAUUCACAUGCACGAAUUUGAGAAGCUAAUAACGGCUUCAAAUGCAAACUUCUUUUACUUACGAGCCAUGCUUUUUCGCCCAAUUCUCAUGCUGAAAGCCAUAGAAGGAAGUCUUCAAUCCGGUUCGACCUCACAUAAGCCCGACUCCGUCGUCAUGGAUAAGACUCUUGCGUCUGCGAGGGGUUGUCUUAACGCUGCUGGUUGUCUAAUAUUCUAUAUCUAUAAGCGAUUUUGGAUCCAUCUAAACGGCAAUAAAGAGUGGUGGUGGAGUCCAUACCAUACUAGCACUGCAGGCCUCAUCCUUAUCAUGGCUCAAACGUCCGCAUCACUUUGGUCGUAUGUCCAGCUACCAACUAUCCAGAGUACCUGGAUAGCCUGUCAAGAGAUUCUCGGCUAUAACGCCGCGAACAAUCACUUCCAUACGGAUGCUCUAAUGUUUUUGUGGAAUACAAACAGCAAAAUUUCCGGGAAUCGUGUGCUUGAAAACAACUACAGUGCCAUGCCGCAGAUGAAAUAUCAAAUGGCUCUUGCUCUAAGAAAUCCCCUUAGGACACCCUUCACAAUUCCUGUGAAUCCCUGGUCGCCA